AUGUCCUCGAGAAUCCUACGAAGCUUUUCGCGCCAAGCGCCCUUUGCCAAUCACGCAUUCCCGCAGCGAAGCCAAGUUCUCGCACCGGUCGUUUCCCGCACGUAUGCCAGCAGUGCUGCGCCUGGGCAGGCAUCCAACGUCUCAAAUCCACAGGCGAGCAGCCCUGAGAGCCAGGACAUCAACAAGAGCGCUUCCGUUGGACGAACCGACAGUAAUGAUGCCGACCACGCAUCGAUACAGAACCCAGUUAGUCAUCCAGAAAAUGACCGAGUAGGAAUGAGCGAGGAGACGACGGAGAGCCAGGACAACAUGAAGCAUGAUCCGAAUGAGUCGGAUGCGAAGAAGAGGGAGAAGACGCUAGAGUAUGGCCAGAACAAGCCUCUGGACCCGGCUGAUAAGUAG